AUGGCGCUCGACCGGACGCCCGUCACGGUCCGCGGCGUCAACUUCGCGGCGUCGCUGGUGGCCCACGGCGCCGUCGCGUGCUACGUGCCCGGCGCGGGCACCUACGACCCGGGCGCGCCGCCGGGCCGCGAGUGCGUCGGCCGCGACGACGCGGAUUUGUUGGUCGCGCACGUCGCGGCGCUGGUCGGCGCGGCCGCGCGCGACGCGACGGAGGAGGACGCGCGCGCGAUCUCGGGCGCGCUCCGGCCGACGGUCGACGAGUUCAACGGCCGCGCGACGCUCCACGCCUUCGUCCACGACCAGUUCGCGGAGCACGGCAUGCGCAAGUGCUACGGCUCGUGGCUGCUGGGCCGCGCAAAGGACAAGCGGCUCCCGAAGCCGAUGAUGGAGCGGCCCCAGCUCCGGACCUUCCUCGGCUGGCUCGAGCGGGGCCACUACGACGCCGGCAGGCCGCCCCUCGGGCCGCCGCCGGAGUACGCCGCGUCCCGCGCCGCGGCGCUCGCGGCGGACGCCGGCGCCGCGGACGACGCGACGAUCGCGGAGAAGCUCCGCGCGCUCGGCGAGGCCCAAACGUAA